UCAAGUUGUUUGAGGUGAUUGAGACCGAGAGGACGCUGUACCUGGUGAUGGAGUAUGCCAGUGGAGGUGAGUAGUAUUAUGCCUUGGCUUCUCAGCCCUCAUAACUGCUGUGAUGACAUAGGGCUUGGUGAAGAGUCACACAGGAAACAUAUCAAGUGCAAGUGCUGGUGAAGUCUUAUUUAUUUUUAUAAUUUUUUGUGGGGGGGGGGUCGAAGUGAGGAGGAGGAUUAUUUAAGAUACUGUUUGAAGAGGUAGGGUUUCAGAUGUUUUUGGAAGAUGGGCAGGGACUCUGCUGUCCUAGCUUCAGGGGGAAGGUGGUUCCACCAUUGGGGUGCCAGGACAGAGAAGAGCUUGGUCUGGGCGGGAGGGCCAAGAGACACACACACACGGACAUUAACACACACACUUACUCCCUGCCUUCGCAGGUCAACACUGAGUGUGUGUGGGAGGGUUUCGAGGAUGCAGAACUAGAGGUUUUAUGGGGAGAGUUGUGUUGAUGCUGGACCCCCCCCCAGGUGUGUGGGCUGAGGGAAGCCUCUGAUGUUGUAGCCAUACUCAGAAGCUUGUGCCUUCAGGACAGAACUACAGUAUAUUAAUUAGAGUUCUGUGUCCCUCUGUAGGCAUGAGGAGCAGUUAGGCUCACAUGCUCCACAUACUGUUUUUCAAAGUAGUUCUGAUUUUAUUUUGACUAUCUUUUUUAAACAUUGAUCUCAUUUGAUGUACUGUCUGAAUGUUGACGUUUUUAAACUUUUUUUCCCUUUGAAAUAUGCGACCUUUAAUUUCAGCUCCUUACUUUUGUGUUUGUCUUGCAGGGGAGGUCUUCGACUACCUUGUUGCACACGGAAGGAUGAAAGAAAAAGAGGCCAGGGCUAAAUUUAGACAGGUAGGUACAGGACUUUACCCGCAGUGUGCUGGAUUCACACCCUGCCUGCCUGGCCAUACAUCACUAGUCAGUGUCCUGACCCACCCAGGGUAGACUGCUAUCACUGUGGAGUUAUGAGAAGUGACAAAACACAGAGCUCCCCUCAUCACUUAUCUCUCUCUGUCACUGACGGUGAAACACUGGGGAUGUGCUGCCUACACACAGUGCUCUGCAGUGGAAGGACAGGCACACUCAACAAUGUCUAGGCUAUAGCUUCCUACUUCCCUGGUCUCACUGCAGGUUCAUCUUACUGCAGAGUUUCACUGGGGGCACUGAUACACUGAUACAUUUAGAACAGAUGCUCACACAGGAAGAGAGGAGACAGUUUUCUCCCAGCUAGAGAUGUCAUGUCUACACCUUGUGUCUGAGAUACUCUGUGUCUCUAGCUGUAUCGUCUCACUCUACACCACAUCUCCUCACCACAUCCUUCACCCAGGGGGUGUUGUGAAAACAGUGUCAGGUGGAAGACCGUAACUGUCUGUCUAUCUGUUUCUAUGUAGAUCGUAUCUGCUGUGCAGUACUGCCACCAGAAGCACAUUGUCCAUAGAGACCUGAAGGUAAGGAACCAGUGAGGGCCAGGCUGGGUGGAUGGGUGAAGGGGGUGUAUGUGUGUGUGGGGAAGGGGAGGAUGAAGUCAGGUGGCUGGAGGCGGGCUUUUUACCUGCUCACAUGUUCUCUGCUGCACAAUAUACUCACUUAAAGGGACCAUUCCAUUUAGUCAACCUCCAUUAUGCUGCCACAUGUAGAAUAAAUAUUGAUGCUCCUGUAUUUGAAUCUCGGUUAGCGUGAGUGGGUCGACCUCCGUGGGAGUUACUCUGUUCAGAGCUCCCAUCUCCUCUCCGCUGGCGGCAGCCGCGUGUCCACACUCUGCUUCCUCUGUAGAGCUUCAUGAAUGAUCCAUGAGGACAGAGAUGUGAGAGCAGAGAGCAGCCAUCUCCACCCUGUAUGUUUGUGUCACUGGGGAGAGGAGGAAACACAGUUAAACUUUAAACACGACACUAACUUUGACUUGCAGAGCACUUUGUUUUGUGAGGGGGUUUUCUGUAAAGGGCCAUCUUCAGAGGCAUCAGUAGAUUUUUUUGUGCCUCUGACAUCUCUAUAUCUUAUUGGAACUCUACUGUUAUCAUGAGUCCUUGGGUUAUUCAAAUAUUUGCUUUUACCUGUGACCCAGGUGGUCUGUUACCUCUAUCUAUUCGAUUUCACUGCUAUCUCUCACCUCAUCCUUACUUCAGUUUUUCUCUCCCUUCCCUCCUGUGUCUCUAGGCAGAAAACCUGCUGCUGGAUGCAGACAUGAACAUUAAGAUAGCAGACUUUGGUUUCAGUAAUGAGUUCACUAUGGGGAACAAGCUGGACACGUUCUGUGGCUCCCCACCCUACGCCGCCCCAGAGCUGUUCCAGGGGAAGAAGUACGACGGACCCGAGGUUGACGUCUGGAGCCUAGGGGUCAUCCUUUACACACUGGUCAGCGGCUCGCUGCCCUUCGAUGGGCAGAACCUCAAGGUCUGUAAAAAGACUAUCACAAAAAUACUUCCAUCCUCAGUUCCUUUGUCAUUGGCAGAUUCAUAGUCAAUUAAACAAUUGGGUACAAUUUUAUAUAAACAACUCACAAUUUCAAAGAUGUCCUCACUCCUGUCUCAUUCACUCUUUCUCCCUGUCUGUCUCUCUGUAGGAGCUUAGGGAGCGGGUUCUGAGGGGGAAAUAUCGUAUCCCCUUCUACAUGUCCACAGACUGCGAGAACCUCCUCAAGCGCUUCCUGGUGCUCAACCCGGCCAAGCGGGGGACUUUCGAGGUGAAGGAGGACAGCGAAAAUGUGAAUAUUCUUCACUUCUUUAUUCACUCCGCCAUGGCAUUCCAGAGCAUUUUAUUCCAUCCACCACUCCUCGGCCUGGCAUCUGCUCGACACUCCUCCCACCACUCUCUUUUUGUGCUGAUUACAUAUUCUCCCUUAUCUUUAUCUCUCUCCACUGUUGGCACAAUACAUCAUUCAUAAUCACUCUUAUUUUUAUCAUUUUUGUUUCUGAGCACAGCACAGACAUUGUCUUAGUUUCUGUGUUCACAUUAUGUGUGUUAGAAUCCAUCCUCAUCCCUCUUGUCACCAGAAGUUCAGAUUAGAUACAACCUUGCAUUGAAAGAUGUCAUUUAGAACAGGUAUCGGCAUCGUGGUUGCACGUUUCCUAUUGUCAUUAUCUUGUAAACCCAUCAUACACGACGGUCCGAUUGAUUGGCGAGUUUGUUUGAAAAUUACAUGAGACUGACUUUAAAUGGCGAUUCUGCUUUCAAACAGCGGAGCGUUGCUUCAAACCGAAACCUCUAUCCAAUCUUUUUCAAGGAAACCAUAAUUCACUUUAUUUGAGUUCAAUGGGGUGAAAGUGGAUUUAAGAGGGUACCUUACGUCACACACAUCCCCCUGCAUCCAUGUAUACGUAUGACAGUGAUCAUGAUGAUGGAACCCUGUACUAAGAGGACCCAGGCCUGUAUUAUAAGGACAAUAUUUUAUAAGGACUAUUUAUUUUUCUUUCAGCAAAUCAUGAAGGACCGCUGGAUCAACGUGGGAUCAGAGGAGGACGAGCUCAAGCCUUUUGUAGAACCAGAACAGGACAUCACGGAUCAGAAGAGAAUAGGUACUAAACAGGAGAAAAACUGCUCGUUACUGCGCUUCAAAAACUCAAGUGUGUAGGCAGCAGCAGCAACACUGCAACAGGAUCGCUCUCAGUAUUUAUUUGAAAAGAUAAAAGCAGCCCUGUUUCUGUGAGAGCCCCUGAGAGAGGGAGAGACACAUGAGACAGAGAGAGCCUCCACAUCUUGCCCUGGAUAAAAGCACUACGGCAGGAGAGGGAGGGAUAGAGAGGGCGUAUGCUCUGAAAGAUGUCCUCUUGAGUGUGGGGGUAUUGCAUAACAGCAGCUGGGAUCUCUGUCAGAGGACAUGUGUUAGAGGGAGAUGCCAGUCACCUAGCGCACAGAGAGAAAGAGCGCGGGAGGGAGGGAGAGAUUGGAUGGAGCACAUGUUUCACUGAGGGCUCUGUAGUCUAGUGGAGAGAGAUCACAUGUUUCAGGGGGGCUUCCGAUCUCUUUCGCCCAGUGGAAUGAAAAACUCCUCAGUGGGUAUAGUGAAGCCUUAUCUUCCAAAACAAAUUGGAUGGAUAGAUAGAGAGAAGGAUGAAGAGAUAGAGGGAGCUGAUGUAUUAAGGGAGCUGAUGUAUGAUCUUCCCCACCUGGCAUGCUCCUCUCAACGUGAUGCAAGCAGCACAGCGGGGGUGGAAGUGAUUGGUCGGGAGGCAGUGGAAGAUGGGGAGUGAUUGGUUGGAAGGCAGCGGGGGUGGCAGUGAUUGGUUGGGAGGCCUGUGUGUUCCGCACUCCUCCCCUCCCCCCCCAGCACUUUUCCUCCUCUGCUGAUGGAUGGGGUGAGAGGGGGGAGGGGUGAUAUCACCUGAGCUGGAAUGCAAUGCUGACUCACUCAUGAGGUUGCUGCUGCAUUUAAUAAGUGGUGGAUACGCGUUUGUCGUUAUGGUGGAAUAAGUGAGGGGGAAAAAGUAUUUGAUCCCCUGCUGAUUUUGUACGUUUGCCCACUGACAAAGAAAUGAUCAGUCUAUAAUUUAAAUGGUAGGUUUAUUUGAACAGUGAGAGACAGAAUAACAAAAAAAAAAUUCUGAAAAACUCAUGUCAAAAAUGUUAUAAAUUGAUUUGCAUUUUAAUGAGGGAAAUAAGUAUUUGACCCCCCUCUCAAUCAGAAAGAUUUCUGGCUCCCAGGUGUCUUUUAAACAGGUAACGAGCUGAGAUUAGGAGCACACUCUUAAAGGGAGAGCUCUCCAAGGAUGUCAGGGACAAGAUUGUAGACCUACACAAGGCUGGAAUGGGCUACAAGACCAUCGGCAAGUAGCUUGGUGAGAAGGUGACAACAGUUGGUGCGAUUAUUCGUAAAUGGAAGAAACACAAAAUAACUGUCAGUCUCCCUCGGCCUGGGGCUCCAUGCAAGAUCUCACCUCAUGGAGUUGCAAUGAUCAUGAGAACGGUGAGGAAUCAGCCCAGAACUACACGGGAGGAUCUUGUCAAUGAUCUCAAGGCAGCUGGGACCAUAGUCACCAAAGAAACAAUUGGUAACACACUAUGCCGUGAAGGACUGAAAUCCUGCAGCGCCCACAAGGUCCCCCUGCUCAAGAAAGCACAUAAACAGGCCCGUCUGAAGUUUGCCAAUGAACAUCUGAAUGAUUCAGAGGAGAACUGGGUGAAGGUGUUGUGGUCAGAUGAGACCAAAAUCGAGCUCUUUGGCAUCAACUCAACUCGCCGUGUUUGGAGGAGGAGGAAUGCUGCCUAUGACCCCAAGAACACCAUCCCCACCGUCAAACAUGGAGGUGGAAACAUUAUGCUUUGGGGGUGUUUUUCUGCUAAGGGGACAGGACAACUUCACCGCAUCAAAGGGACGAUGGACGGGGCCAUGUACCGUCAAAUCUUGGGUGAGAACCUCCUUCCCUCAGCCAGGGCAUUGAACAUGGAUCGUGGAUGGGUAUUCCAGCAUGACAAUGACCCAAAACACACGGCCAAGGCAACAAAGGAGUGGCUCAAGAAGAAGCACAUUAAUGUCCUGGAGUGGCCUAGCCAAUCUCCAGACCUUAAUCCCAUAGAAAAUAUGUGGAGGGAGCUGAAGGUUCGAGUUGCCAAACGUCAGGCUCGAAACCUUAAUGACUUGGAGAAGAGGGACAAAAUCCCUCCUGAGAUGUGUGCAAACCUGGUGGCCAACUACAAGAAACGUCUGACCUCUGUGAUUGCCAACAAGGGUUUUGCCACCAAGUACUAAGUCAUGUUUUGCAGAGGGGUCAAAUACUUAUUUCCCUCAUUAAAAUGCAAAUCAAUGUAUAACAUUUUUGACAUGCGUUUUUCUGGAUUUUUUUGUUGUUAUUCUGUCUCUCACUGUUCAAAUAAACCUACCAUUAAAAUUAUAGACUGAUCAUGUCUUUGUCAGUGGGCAAACGUACAAAAUCAGCAGGGGAUCAAAUACUUUUUUCCCCUCACUGUAAAUACACAUUUGCUUUAAAUGAGUCAGAGGACAAAGUGUGCAUAAUUCCUUAUGAAUUGUUUAUUAACUACAGUGGGGAAAAAAAGUAUUUAGUCAGCCACCAAUUGUGCAAGUUCUCCCACUUAAAAAGAUGAGAGAGGCCUGUAAUUCUCAUCAUAGGUACACGUCAACUAUGACAGACAAAAUGAGAAAAGAAAAUCCAGAAAAUCACAUUGUAGGAUUUUUAAUGAAUUUAUUUGCAAAUUAUGGUGGGAAAUAAGUAUUUGGUCAAUAACAAAAGUUUCUCAAUACUUUGUUAUAUACCCUUUGUUGACAAUGACUCAGGUCAAACGUUUUCUGUAAGUCUUCACAAGGUUUUCACACACUGUUGCUGGUAUUUUGGCCCAUUCCUCCAUGCAGAUCUCCCCUAGAGCAGUGAUGUUUUGGGGCUGUCGCUGGGCAACACGGACUUUCAACUCCCUCCAAAGAUUUUCUAUGGGGUUGAGAUCUGGAGACUGGCUAGGCCACUCCAGGACCUUGAAAUGCUUCUUACGAAGCCACUCCUUCGUUGCCCGGGCGGUGUGUUUGGGAUCAUUGUCAUGCUGAAAGACCCAGCCACGUUUCAUCUUCAAUGCCCUUGCUGAUGGAAGGAGGUUUUCACUCAAAAUCUCACGAUACAUGGCCCCAUUCAUUCUUUCCUUUACACGGAUCAGUCGUCCUGGUCCCUUUGCAAAAAAACAGCCCCAAAGCAUGAUGUUUCCACCCCCAUGCUUCACAGUAGGUAUGGUGUUCUUUGGAUGCAACUCAGCAUUCUUUGUCCUCCAAACGCGACGAGUUGAGUUUUUAUCAAAAAGUUAUAUUUUGGUUUCAUCUGACCAUAUGACAUUCUCCCAAUCCUCUUCUGGAUCAUCCAAAUGCACUCUAGCAAACUUCAGACGGGCCUGGACAUGUACUGGCUUAAGCAGGGGGACACGUCUGGCACUGCAGGAUUUGAGUCCCUGGCGGCGUAGUGUGUUACUGAUGGUAGGCUUUGUUACUUUGGUCCCAGCUCUCUGCAGGUCAUUCACUAGGUCCCCCCGUGUGGUUCUGGGAUUUUUGCUCACCGUUCUUGUGAUCAUUUUGACCCCACGGGGUGAGAUCUUGCGUGGAGCCCCAGAUCGAGGGAGAUUAUCAGUGGUCUUGUAUGUCUUCCAUUUCCUAAUAAUUGCUCCCACAGUUGAUUUCUUCAAACCAAGCUGCUUACCUAUUGCAGAUUCAGUCUUCCCAGCCUGGUGCAGGUCUACAAUUUUUGUUUCUGGUGUCCAAUUUUGUUUCUGGUGUGUGACAGCUCUUUGGUCUUGGCCAUAGUGGAGUUUGGAGUGUGACUGUUUGAGGUUGUGGACAGGUGUCUUUUAUACUGAUAACAAGAUCAAACAGGUGCCAUUAAUACAGGUAACGAGUGGAGGACAGAGGAGCCUCUUAAAGAAGAAGUUACAGGUCUGUGAGAGCCAGAAAUCUUGCUUGUUUGUAGGUGACCAAAUACUUAUUUUCCACCAUAAUUUGCAAAUAAAUUCAUAAAAAAUCCUACAAUGUGAUUUUCUGGAAAAAAAAUUCUCAAUUUGUCUGUCAUAGUUGACGUGUACCUAUGAUGAAAAUUACAGGCCUCUCUCAUCUUUUUAAGUGGGAGAACAUGCACAAUUGGUGGCUGACUAAAUACUUUUUUCCCCCACUGUAUGUAUAACACACUAAGGAUAUGGGCUGCUUUUGGUUGCUGACAAGAUCGUUCUGGUAUUAUGGUCAUUAACAUUUUGGGUUGCAGGAUUGGGGUCAAUUCCAUUAAAUGAAAAGUCCCUGAAAAUGAGAAAGUUGUUGACAGUGGUUGUAGAGGUAUUUGUAAUUAUUAGGGGAUCCCCAUUAGCUGCUGCCAAGACAGCAGCUACUCUUCCUGGGGUCCACCAAAAUUAAGGCAGUUAUACAAUUUUAAAAACCUUACAAUACAUUCACAGAUUUCACAACACACUGUGUGCCCUCAGGCCCCUACUCCACCACUAUCACAUAUCUACAAAAUCCAUGUGUACGUGUGUGUAUGUUAUCGUGUGUGUAUGCAUGUGCCUGUGACUAUGUUUGUUGCUUCACAGUCCCCGCUGUUCCAUAAGGUGUAUUUUUAUCAGUUUUUUAAAUCUAAUUUUACUGCUUGCAUCAGUUACUUGAUGUGGAAUAGAGUUCCAUGUAGUCAUAGUACUGUGCGCCUCCCAUAGUCUGUUCUGGACUUGGGGACUGUGAAGAGACCUCUUGUGGCAGGUCCUGUGGGGUAUGCAUGGGUGUCCGAGCUGUGAGCCACUAGUUCAAACAGACAGCUUGGUGCAUUCAACAUGUCAAUACCUCUCAUAAAUACAAGUAGUGAUGAAGUCAAUCUCUCCUCCACUUUGAGCCAGGAGAGAUUGACAUGCAUAUUAUUAAUGUUAGCUCUCUGUGUCCAUCCAAGGGCCAGCCGUGCUGCCCUGUUCUGAGCCAAUUGCAAUUUUCCUAAGUCCCUUUUUGUGGCACCUGACCACACGACAGAACAGUAGUUCAGGUGCUACAAAACUAGAGCCUGUAGGACCUGCUUUGUUGAUAGUGCUGUUAAGAAGGUAGAGUAGCGCUUUAUUAUGGACAGACUUCUCCCCAUUUUAGCUACUGUUGUAUCAAUAUGUUUUGACUAUGACAGUUUACAAUCCAGGGUUACUCCAAGCAGUUUAGUCACCUCAACUUGCUCGAUUUCCACAUGAUUUAUUACAAGAUUUAGUUGAGGUUUAGGGUUUAGUGAAUUAUUUGUCCCAAAUACAAUGCUUUUACUUUUAGAAAUAUUUAGGACUAAUUUAUUCCUUGCCACCCACUCUGAAACUAACUGCAGCUCUUUGUUAAGUGUUGCAGUCAUUUUAGUUGCUGUAGUAGCUGACGUGUACAGUGUUGAGUCAUCCGCAUACAUAGACACACUGGCUUUACUCAAAGCCAGUGGCAUGUCGUUAGUAAAGAUUGAAAAAAGGAAGAGGCCUAGACAGAUGAAAAUAUGGCAAAUAGGAGUGGCAGUAUCGUCCGCUAUUAUCCUCAGUAAUUUUCCAUCCGAGUUGUAAGGGCUGGGUAUGUGAACCCAUGUCUCUGUACUGUUCCAGAUGUGAUGGUGGGGAUGGGCUUCUCUCUAGAGGAGAUCCAGGAGUCUCUGGCCAAGAUGAAGUAUGAUGAGAUCACCGCCACCUACCUGCUGCUGGGGAGGAAGUCUUCUGAGGUCAGAGCAACACUAUAGAUAGUUGUUGAUAUCUUUGGUCUAGUGCUCAGUAUAUCCAGAGUCCAAUCUUUUUAACGUGUGUGCUUGUGACCUUUGACCCCUAGCUGGAGCCCAGUGAGUCAACCUCCAGCAGCAACCUGUCCCUGACCAAGCCCCGACCCACCAGCGAGCUUAAUGGCCAGUCCCCCUCCCACCUCAAAGUCCAGCGGAGCGUCUCCUCCAACCAGAAACAGAGACGCUACAGUGACCAGGGUAAGACACUAUCAGUCCGUCAUAUUAACAAACAUUUAGAGGGAAUUCUCAUCUUUGACUCGUGCUUAUCAGCUCAAAUGUGAGGCCAAAGAUAUACAGUUCUAUGCGGGUCAGUAAUGUUUCUUUCUAUCUCUUUUGACUAGUUCUUCCUCGUUUUCUCUUCUCCAGUGGGUCAGAAUGUUCCCCCAGUGUCCGGAUACCCCAAGAGGAGCCAGACCAGCACGGCCGAAAACAACAUCAAAGAGGAGGGAGGGGUGCAGCUCCGCAAACCCAACACCCCCGGGGGGCGCAGUGUCCCCCCAUCCAGCCCCCUGCUGGGGAACGCCAACAACCCCAACAAGGCUGAUAUUCCCAAUGGCAAGAAGGGUGCUACCCCCAUCCCCAACGUGAGUGUCUGCUAUUCCAUUCCAUUAUCGAUUCUAUAACAUAUUAUGACACUUGAAGUGGCGAUGAAUCCCCCAUUCUGAUUUGAUGAUGUGUGCUGAAUCAGCGUUUCUGUUUCACCCUGCAGAAUAACACUGGCUCUGGUGGGAUGACGAGGAGAAACACGUAUGUGUGCAGCGACAAGAACGCUACGGACCGUCUCUCUGUCAUUCCCAAUGGGAAGGAGAACAGGUAAGGAACAGGCCGGAAUGUUACUGUGUUCACUGGCUGCCUGAACUAAACCCCUAGUGGCCCCUUUCACAGGAACCCUCCACAUGGCAUCAGCAUUCAACACAGCACCUUCACUGUCCAUCCCCCCAAGGGCACAGAGGAGAGAACUAUGUGUAGUAAUACUGUUAUUAUUGAGAUAAGUUAUUAAAGAAAAACACGACAAGGCCUCCAGGGGAGAAAUAUCAUACAUUUCUUGCUCUUCUUUUACUUGUCUUUUUUGAUCCCCUUUUUCUUCUCUUCUAUCUAUCUGGUUACUUCGUGGUCUGGUUGUGUCCCAGUAUAACUGAGAUGUCAGCCUGUGUGACAAUUAGUCCGUCCUCUGGCUUUGCCCCCGUGUUGGCUGGCUCGUCCACCUCGGUCCAGCUGAGGUACCAGGCCUCUGGCCAUCUGUCUGCCUGCCCCUCAAACUCAGACUGGGCCACGCUGCCCCACUCCCAUUGCACUCUGGACUUCUACAGGCCCAAGUAAGACGGCAGGCAGGGCCUCCAACUGUCUGUUUGACCUCUCCCCUCCCACUUGUAGACCUGUCUCAGUGUCUCAGGCCCUCUCUAACCCACGCAAUGGUCCCCACAUCGACAUCCAUCCCUUUUAUGGACUCUAACCGUUGCCAUGACGACAUCUCUACCUCUCUCUAACCUCUUGUUGGAGACAGCCCCACCCUUUAUUAUGCACACACCUCUGUUCCCUAAUCUCUCCUCCAUCCUCUGCUUGGACCUUGGAGCUUUGGUCUGGCCCUGGUCUUGCCCUGGUAUGGCACUGGGCCGGUUUCCCAAAAUAAUCUUAAUUAACGUUGCACUUGAAAACGGUCGUAAUGUAACGCCUGCCUCAGACCACUCGUUGGACAGCUAAGUGCGUCGUUAGAUGCUUUUUUGCCCUCCCGUGUCACGUUAUACACAAAAGAUCUCUGCUAAACAUAGAAUCACAUGGUUUAUCCUUCUCUCUGUGACCGCUGAUAACUUAGAACAAAGUUGCCAAUGUCUUUGCAAUUGAUACAAACAAGCGAUGUAUGAAAAGAUGCUUCAAAUGAAAACCGAGAUGACUGCAUCAAAUUAUAAAUACAGUAGGUUAAAGGCCUAUUUCAGUCAUAUUGAAAUACAUUUAAUGUUCAAUAAAUGGUGGUCUAUUUUGCUACUUGUAGGCUAAUGUCUGUAAUUUGUCUCAAUAUACUGUAUUUUCUGAUGUGUAGCCUAACAUGUGUGCAAUGAUGUGCCAAAUCAGUGAUUUAGUGCAUUUUUAAUGGGUAAGCAUUAGUAUAAGCCGCCUCAAUAUUUGCAGCCGUAGGUGGUAAUAUCUCUCUAGUAGCAUAUCCGUCGUCAGUAUUGUGAAAUAAUUAUAACGUUAAGGUAAGAUUUGAAUGGAGAAAGCUGACCCGAGAGCAGCGCUCCCUUUCUUUCGAUCCUAUCAGUAUCGACACAUGCUCCAAUGAUGCACUUAGCGACCGUUCUCUCUGCAUGGUGUUUUGGGAAUCGCAUGUUGUAGGAAAGAUGCAUUGUUAAAACACUCGUAAGCCUUAAUUCCAUCACUAUCAGGAAACCGGGCCCUGGUCUGUCACUGGCAGCUCCACUACCCACCUCUACCUCGACUAUCCAAAACUGUGUCAGUCACUCCAUGUUUCCCCACUAGCCAGUUUCCCUAAACAACGUUUCCUCUCUUUGUUUAGUUCUAACUGGAUAUUAGGACUCCAACUCACUUUAAUAAUAGCACACUUUAGUGAACUACUAGGAUUAUUCUAAAUUAACAUAACACAGAUUAGAUUUCAUUUUAGAAGAGUUUUAGAGUUUAGGAUUUGAAGGUAAGGUUCUGGUGAUAUGAUAAUGGCCCAGCUGGUGAUACUAUGUAUAGAACUGGUAUGUACAGCCAGGUGUUUAUCUGUCUUCUCUGUAUCAUCUCUUCCCUCCGUCCUCCCUGCAGUGUGGCCGUGUCUCCUGGCCAGCGGAACCCUGUGGCGUCCACCAACAGCAUCACCAGCGCCACCACACCCGACAGACUACGUUUCCCACGAGGCACGGCGAGCCGCAGCACCUUCCACGGCGGCCAGCUGAGGGAGCGCCGCACGGCCACCUACAAUGGGCCCCCAGCCUCACCCACCCUGUCUGACGACGCCGCGCGCUUUACCCAGACUCGCAGCCGCGGCUCCAGCAACCUCUUCUCCAAACUCACCUCCAAACUCACACGCAGGUAGGUGUCA